CAAUUAAGCAGCAAGCAACAGCAACAGGAAACCGUACCAGGUUUGGGUGAGGCUGCGAGUUCACUUAAUAUGGAACAGAAUCUACUUUUGAGUAUGUUGAAUGAUACUCAUGAAUUACAGAAAUCGCUUGUGUCCCUCAUAAGCCCAUCCUCUGAAACUCAGCAAAACAUCCAACAAGCCAAGAAGGAUUUGCUCCGCGGCACAGACGAUCCAGAUGUCCAAUCUAUGCUUGAUAGGCUCAAAGCCAUGACCCAUACUCUCGAGAAAAGUCGACAGCGGAUCAAAUUACAACCAUAGAAAAAGGGGUACUUGAAAAUAAAAUAAUAGAGCA